ACGUGAAUUUCCACUGUUCGAACUAACAAUCUUAAAACCAAAGCUACACAAAGCUAUUUUUAUUUUGUCCAUUGAUUAGUUGCUAGCAGCUUUCAGUCCUAUUUCUAGAUUUUGACCAGUCUCCACUCUCCAUUGAACCAACCGUACAAGAGACUAUAUGUUUGACCAUCAAAGUAAUACACCCCCCUCAUUUUCUUUUUAUAUUACACAUGUUGGUCCAGGACCAAUUAUUUUAUUGAACCAAUAUUGGAUUAUCAGAUGAUACUAUUAAAAUAUGUACUCACAACUUAUUUUAAAGUUAUUUUCUUAGGUAAAAAUUCAGGUGCAGUCAACUUCACGUAAAGUUGAUAUUUAAGAGCUGUUAAAUUAAAAUUUAGUCAAAUCAAUCAAAUCAUUUAACAAUUCUCAGAUAUCAACUUCACAUAAAACCGACUUCGUCUGAAUUUUCACCUUCCAGUAAAUGUAAUGAAGUACUAACCCGGCUGCUAAAACUAACAACAUAUAAAAACACUCAAAUUCAGUACAUGUUUUUGCAUGCUCUUCACGUACAUCAUAAAGUCCAAGUCAACUAAAUCCAUCUUACUGUUCUUUUCUUUAAUAGUUUCAUAGUAAUCAGUAACACCAAAACCAACAACUAACACUUUUAAAACAACAAACUAACUAAACCCAAAUGAGUAAACGUAACCAAUAAUGAAACAACAAACUAUGUUGUCCCUCUCUUCUUUCUCUUCUUUCUCCAUCACCAUUUUCUUCUUCUUUAUCUUCAUAUUCUCUCUUCUUCACCCUACAACUCCGCUACCUUCCAAUGCAUCAUUCUCCCUCUGCAGCAACACUACAUUCAACUGUGGCAACAUCACCAACGUUUCCUACCCUUUCACCGGCGCCGACCGCCCCUUCUUCUGCGGUCCGCCGGAGUUCCAUUUGACAUGCAACGACGGCGUCCCUGAGUUAAACAUCUUGUUGGUUCGCUACCGAGUCCUCCAACUUGAUUCAGUAGCUCAAAGCCUCACCAUAGCCAGAGCAGACCUUUGGAACAACACAUGCACCAACGUGCACUUAAACUCAACCAUUGAUGAUGGAACUAGUAGCUUCACCUAUGGUUCCGGGAACAAGAACCUUACUUUGUUCUAUGGGUGUGGACCAUCUAUGUUAAACAUAACUCCUGUUAAUUUGUUUCACUGUGAUAGUGGUUAUGGGAAUAAAAGUGAUUCCUACUCUUUGAUUGGUCCUUUGCCUAUGGAUCCUAUUCUUAGCAUUGUUCAUUGUGAGCUUGGUGUUGAGGUUCCUAUUCUUGAAGAUCAGGCUAAUAGGCUCAUAGGGAACAGGUCUUUGCUUAGGGAGGUUUUGAUGAAGGGUUUUAAUGUGAGUUAUAGCAAUAAUCAUUAUGAGAGCGAGUGUUUGAAGUGUGUUAUUGGUGAUGGUGGCCAGUGUGGGUUUGAUUUUGAUUCAAAUAAAGUUAUUUGCAUUUGUGAUGAUCAGUUGUGUUCAUCUUCAGGGAAAAGUACUAACAAAGCAGCUAUUGCAGCAGGUGCUACCUCAGGAGCUGUAGUCUUUGUUGUCCUUCUUAUAGGUACACUUUUUGUGAUAAGAAGAAGGAGAAGAAAUGCUGAAAGAUCAAGAAGCAACAAGGAUAUUUUGCCUUUGAGUGGAGUCCCUCUUACAUCUUCAACUACAAGUAGUAGUAACACAUCUCAGAGUGUUUCUUCUUACCCUUCCUCCAAGUCAGAUUCUGUGCCAAAGAGUUACUACUAUGGUGUUCAAGUGUUUGACUAUGCUGAACUUGAAGAAGCUACCAACAAUUUUGACCCUUCUAGAGAACUUGGCGAGGGAGGCUUUGGCACUGUUUACAAAGGUAUGCUUCAAGAUGGGCGUGUAGUUGCAGUGAAACGCCACUAUGAAAGCCAUUUAAAGCGUGUUGAGCAGUAUAUGAAUGAAGUUGAGCUUCUAGCACACUUGAGGCACAAGAAUUUGGUCACACUCUUUGGCUGCACUUCAAGACACAGCAGAGAACUCAUCCUUGUUUAUGAGUUCAUACCUAAUGGAACACUAGCCGAUCACCUCCAUGGAAGCCUUGCAAAUUCCACCUUACUUACUUGGAAUGUAAGAUACAAAGUUGCACUCGAAACAGCCGAGGCGCUUUCCUACCUUCAUUCUAAGAAAGUCAUACACAGAGAUGUUAAGUCCACAAACAUUCUGCUGACAGAGACUUUUCAAGUUAAGGUUGGUGAUUUUGGACUAUCAAGGUUGUUUCCUAAAUUUGUUACUCAUGUCUCAACAGCGCCACAAGGCACACCUGGCUAUGUUGAUCCGGAGUAUUACCAGAACUACCAAUUGACCGAUAAGAGUGAUGUUUAUAGCUUUGGGGUGGUGUUAGUUGAGCUUAUAUCUUCACUGCAAGCAGUGGACAUAACCCGGAACCGGAAUGAAGUUAACUUGGCUAGUCUUGCAGUGAAUAGGAUACAGAACCAAGAAUUGCAUGACAUGGUUGAUCCAUGUCUUGGAUUUGAGAAGGACAAUGAUGUAAGGAGGAUGGUAACUGCUGUUGCUGAAUUGGCAUUUAGGUGCUUGCAGCAGCAGAGAGAUAUGAGGCCCUCCAUGGAUGAGGUUCUUGAGAUCUUGAGAGGGGUAAAGGGUGAUGAGUUUGGUGCAUUAGAGAGAAACUCAUCAGAGUCAGCGGUGGGUGUUAACCAUAAUAAGACAGAGGAGGUUAUACUUUUGAAGAAGGUUCUACCACCAGUUUCACCAGAUUCUGUUGCUGAUAAAUGGGUUAGCAGCUCUUCUACAUCUAGCACUUCAUAGCUUCUAAGAUUAUUUUUUCCAUUUCUUUUGUAAUGGUUUCACUGAGCUAGUUUCAAAGUUCAUCAUACCCUUCACAAUUCACAUCUCUUAAGAUUCAUUUUGAGGCCUUUUAUGUAUGUUUUCAUGUUAAUAUGUGUGAGAGGUUGAACUCAAUAUUGAAAAAUAGGUAAUAUGAUUAGAGAAGAGAGACUUAAUAAAUACUUUUUGUGUAAAUAUUUUUACUCUAAUCAGUUUCUUUGAUUGAUAUAUACACAUAAAGAGGAACAUGUUAGUGAAU